ACUUAAUUCAGUGAUGGACUAACAAGAUGUGCAAUAAAGUUUCUUUAAAUGAUGUAUAUACUUCUAUAGAUUUGCAAAAUAAAUAUGUAGUGUGCUGAUUACUAAUAUUUACGAAGUUGAUCGUUGUAUGAAUGCGUGUGUGUGUUGUGAAUUUAUGAUGAUGCAAAAGCACAGCAAUCCGUAAGAGUAGACGACAACGACGAAAAAACGAUAGAACAAGAAUAGUAGAGUAAGAAAAAACAAUAAUGCAUAUGAUUGCUGUACGACUUUGCUAAAGUACUCAUGAGAGGAUAUGUGCGCUUAAUCUACAAAGUUCGAUGCUCUUGACAUUUUUAAGAUUUUUUUUAGAACUACUUAAAAUCCAGUGAAAUGCAUGAGGAUGAACAGCAUCAUCACUAUAUAUCGUUUUUGACAACUAAUUUUGAUAAAAUAAGUAAAGUUACCACCAGGAAACAUAGUUAUGGCUGCUGUAGAAGCAACCCCAUUUAUUCGCACCAUAGAGUGGGACAUGAUGGACAAGACAAAGUUCUUUCCAUUGAGCAUGUUAUCCACAUUCUCAGUAAGAAGUUGCCUUUAUCCACUUACAGUUAUCAAGACGCGAUUACAGAUACAAAGAAGAAGCCAUAUGUACACAGGCAUGAUAGAUGCUUACAAAAAAAUUUACAAACUAGAGGGUUUCGCUGGCUUGUAUCGUGGCUUUUGGAUCAGCUCGAUUCAAAUAGUAUCAGGAGUAUUUUAUGUUUCGACCUACGAAGGUGUACGACACUUGUUAAAUCAAGAGCCUGUUACUGCCAAACUUGAUUCUAGAAUAAAGGCUCUCAUUGGGGGUGGUUGUGCCAGUGUGGUAGGCCAGACUAUAGUGGUCCCAUUUGAUGUACUAAGUCAACAUUUAAUGGUGCUUGGUGUUAGCUUUAAUCAUGGAAAGUUAGCCAUAGAUAAGACAAGCAUGAACCCUUUAGGAAUAAAUUUCGAAUCUAAAAAAUCAAGAACACAACUAUCUGGAGAAAUUAUAAGAUUAAUUUAUCACAGGGAUGGCUUUCGCGGAUUUUACCGGGGCUAUGUCGCAUCUUUAUGUGCCUACGUUCCUAACAGCGCGCUAUGGUGGGGGUUGUAUACUACUUAUCAAGACGAGUUACUAAGAGUUCUUCCUGAGUGGGUGUCUCAUUUACUGAUUCAGUCAGUAGCAGGAACACUGGGUGGCUUUACAACGACAAUAAUAACGAAUCCACUGGAUGUCGUGAGAGCCAGGUUACAGGUACAAAGACUGGACAGCAUGUACAAUACGUUCAGGGUACUAUGGCUUGAGGAAGGCUUACACAUGUUUACCAAAGGACUCUCUGCACGGUUAGUGCAGUCGGCGUGCUUUAGUUUUUCAAUUAUCUUGGGCUAUGAGACUAUUAAGCGAGUAAGUAUUCACGAAGAGUACAAAAACUACGUAAGAUGGUAAAUACUUUUCUGAGCUUACUCGCAUCCAAUAAAAAAAUUUUAUUCUGGUACAUUGCAGUGCAUUACCAGAAUAUCAUUCCAUAUAGAAUUUUAUUUGUUUGUUUAAUAUAUCCUGUUAAAUAAAUUUAUUUAAUUUAUAUAAUUAAAUUUCGGAUAGUAUGCAAUAAACUCGAGUUUUCAUGUGCGUUAUUCAAACAAAAAGUAUUUUUAUUUCAGUGCAUA